UACAACACUGUUGUUGUUAUACAAAGUCAUUCCAGUCGACUACAGAUGUUGAUUCCUGAUGCUAAUUAUAACCGAUAUUACAUAGGUUAUUAUUUUUUUCUGAAAUAAAAGAGCCCAUUAGACUGGGUAUGAUAAUUAGUGGAAAUGACGCGGGAUUCUUGUGGGAUUUCGAAUGGUGGGGUAGCAGGGAGCGUCUAGUUCUCUCUUUAGUACGAGCUUGCUGCCACAACAAGAAGCUUAUCUACUUUCAAGAGAUGGGGUGGAUCACGAAUGGAAAAUGUCACAGUACAAAAAGAUUGGAUGGGAAAGUCGUAAUCGUUACUGGAAGCAACACUGGGAUUGGGAAAUACACUGCGCUGGAUCUUUCGAGGAGAGGGGCUGAGGUGAUAAUGGCUUGCCGAAAUCUGGAAAAAGCGAAAGAAGCGGAAGCAGACAUCCGAAAGCGCGUUCCAGAGGCCAAGUUGAAGGUUAUGCAUUUGGACCUGUCCUCUCUGGAAUCUGUCCGGACUUUCUCCAAAGAUUUCUUGGCAUCCUACGAUAGCCUCCACAUACUCAUCAAUAAUGCUGGGGUAAUGUUUCACCCUUGGGAGUUAUCGAAAGAUGGUUUCGAAAUGCACAUAGCAACAAACCACCUGGGUCACUUUCUGUUGACGCUGUUACUAUUACCUUUACUUCGCAAAUGUGCACCAUCUCGAAUUAUUAAUGUAUCUUCAAUUGGUCAUCGAUUGAGUUCCUCAAUGAGGUAUGAUGACUUUAAUUAUGAAAGAUCGUACAGCUCCAUUGGUGGCUAUACAAGAAGCAAACUUGCCAACAUAUUGUUCACGAAUGAGCUUGCUAGACGCUUGAAAGGUUUUGUGUUAUUCACCUUUUCUGAAUUUAAAGUGUGUUACGUGCUACUAAUCGGUUUAUGAACUUCCGUGACAGAUAUAUUGAAUCAUGAUAAUUUCUGAAAUAAUUCCAGAUACAGGAGUUACUGCUGUCAGUUUGCAUCCAGGUAUUGUGAACACAGAAUUACCACGGCAUCUUAGUGACUCUUUUUUUCCUGGUGCAUAUUGGCUUUAUACAAACUUGGGAUGGUGGCUGAUGAAAACUCCCAAACAAGGAGCUCAAACAACUCUAUAUUGUGCCCUUGAAGACAGUGUGGAAUCUGGAUUAUAUUAUGAUGAUUGUGCUGUUGGUACAACGUCUGCCAAAAGUAAGGAUCCAAAUAUGGCAAAGGAGCUUUGGGAAAAAAGCGUUGAAUGGGUUAAAUUAGAAAAGGAUUAUCAAAUUUGAUUGAAAAGUAAUGAUCACCAACUUUAUCUAUUUUUUUAAAAAAUAUGAACAUGUAUUAUUGAAUAAGUAUUAUACAGUAAUUGAAAUAUUGGAUAUUUUACUGUAAAAUAUAGACUGCUAGUUGGUAUGCCAAUGCAAUGUAUAUGUACAAGUUAAUGUAAAUAUAAUUUCUUUU